AUGGCUCCGAUCAGGAGGUAUCUCAGAAUCACCAAGCACUCAGUCUUGGAAGUCCGCAUUUAUCUGCUUUCACUUAGCGACCGUCCUUCUGACGCUGAGACAUGGCUCCUGAGAGGCGAUAAUCCUGCCCUACCGCGCGUGAUCCAAGCUGUGCGCCCGCUCGUGCUGCCGAAGCUCCGUGAGGAGAACGAACGAUCAAACGGCCGAGGUAGAGGGAAGGCGAAAAAGAAGGGUGUGAAAGACGUUGUUGUUGAGGGUAGGUGCUGUGAAAACACAUUUCUUCAUGCUCAUAUGACGCUGAAACCUGCAACAGAGGACUUCGAGGUAUCGAUCUUUCUGACAGAGCUGUCGUCUCGACAUUCCGUCUUGACAAAGCAGAAAGCUUUCAAAAACCAACCUCGCAUUCAAAGCAAUUCGGGCAAAUUGACUAAUUGGCUAAACGGAGGAAACAGCGAGCAGCCGUUGGUGAUCAGCGAUGGUCCAACAGAGCCCAUCGUUAUCAGAGAGGAAGAAGAUGACGAGCCUGUUAGUCUUGCGGAUAUACCGGAAGCGGACGGGAGUGAGAAUCAGACCACGGACGCAGCCAGUGAACAUGACCAAAAAAAGAAACUCGGUCUGAAUACAUCUUACGACGGAUUCUCCAUUUACGGACGCAUCCUGUGUCUUGUCGUCAAGCGACGGGGCGCGCGCCAUCAGGCAGGCAGCAACAGUGCGCCCGUAUCAAGCCAACAAAUGUUGGAGAACUGGGUGUCAACGCAAGCGCAGGCUGAGCAAGUUGACGACGAUGAAGAUAUUGGCUAA